UUGGUAUCUGAGUGCAGCCACUCCACUGCCGAGACGAGCUUCAGCGGCCACUUUGGCCCUGUGGCCACAUUUUUCUUUAUGACACUGAGCUGGCAGGUGUCAUGAAUGGUAUCAUAGCAGAGCAGCUGGACACACGGUGUUGCUUCAUUUGCCUAGGAUACCAUCUGGGCUUGAGACUGGGCCCAGAGCUGAUUCAGAAAAUCCAUUUCCAUGGCUUCAUGAAUUGGACUCACCAUCUGCUGAGAGAAAGUAGUAGCUUUAGCAACUAUGUUGGUUCCAAGUCCCUCUUAAGUUCAGAGAAGUCAGUAGAAAUCUAUAAUAUGCUGGGCUAAUCUAUAUUUAUACAUCUGAAUGACAUGGUAAACACCAUGCUAACUGCCGGCUAACUGAUACAGUGCAACCAUCUGUCAACCAGAAUCUAUGCUAUCAUCUAGGGAGACACAGACAGGUCUCUCUAGAGUACCUGUCUGGAAGGGAUGGCCAAGAAAUAUGUAGCCUUCAUGAUUGGAGGCCUGAGCAGAGACAAGAUCAAGGACCACUUCUAGAAGAUAGUGGUGUCAAACAUGUUUAAGUUGUUCAGAGAUAACCUCAUUGGGGUGGAUACAUGUCUUUCCUCAGAGACUGUGUGUUUUGUCUUAUCCCUUGUCCCCACAAGUAACCUCUGGCUAAAGAAAAAGCAAUUUCAGAAGGAAUUUGGCCUCAUUAAUGUAGAGUGUAUCUGUCCCCUCUGCAAUAUCACAGGCAGCCCUUUCCUUUGUGUCAUUUUGUGCAGUGACAACGUGACAGUGUUGUAA